UCACUCUUUGCAUCUCCUCCUCCCUUUUUAUCGCCCCUCCAGAUCUCUUCUCUCCAGACAAAAUCGGUGAGUGAGCAUCUUAUUCGCGACUCUCCUAGAGCCACUCCGGAUUCGCUUCGACCAUCUGACAACGACGGAUCUACAUCAAGAGCCUUAUAACCGCUUCGAAGACCUCCGACAGCCGUCCGAGAUCAAGAGAGUCCUCCCCGUCACAAUAUACCGAUAGCACAUAUUACACCUUCACGAUGGUGAAAGAAACAAAAUACUACGAAAUCCUCGCGGUGUCACCCGAUGCCACCGAGGCUCAGCUUAAAACCGCAUACAAGAAAGGUGCAUUGAAAUGGCAUCCCGAUAAGAACAACGACAACCCGGAAGCCGCCGAGAAAUUCAAGGACCUCUCCCACGCCUACGAGGUCCUCUCCGACUCCCAAAAACGUGGCCUGUACGACCAAUAUGGUGAAGAAGGCCUGGAACAAGGCGGCAUGGGCGGCGGCAUGGCAGCCGAGGACCUGUUUGCUCAGUUCUUCGGCGGCGGCGGUGGCGGGUUCGGCGGCAUGUUCGGCGGCGGCAUGGGGGGCGGAAUGCGCGACGCCGGCCCUCGCAAGGCCCGGACCAUCUCCCACGUGCACAAGGUCACCCUCGAGGACAUCUACCGCGGAAAGGUCUCUAAGCUCGCGUUGCAAAAAUCCGUCGUCUGCCCGAAAUGCGAUGGGCGGGGCGGGAAGGACGGCGCGGUGAAGAAGUGCGCCGGGUGUGAUGGCCGCGGAAUGAAGACCAUGAUGCGCCAGAUGGGACCCAUGAUCCAGCGUUUCCAGACCGUCUGCUCCGACUGCAAUGGCGAGGGCGAGAUCAUCCGGGACAAGGACCGAUGCAAGGCCUGCACCGGCAAGAAAACGACGAUCGAGCGGAAAGUGCUCCACGUCCACGUCGACCGGGGCAUCAAAUCCGGCACCAAGAUCGAGUUCCGCGGCGAGGGCGACCAGCUUCCUGGCGCCGAGCCCGGCGAUGUGGUGUUUGAGAUCGAGCAGAAACCUCAUGCUCGCUUCCAGCGCAAGGAGGACGAUCUGUUCUACCACGCCGAGAUUGAUCUGCUGACAGCGCUGGCUGGAGGCCGACUUCACAUCGAGCACCUCGAUGAGCGAUGGUUGGUCGUUGAUAUUGUUCCCGGCGAAGUCAUUGCCCCAGGCUCCAUCAAAGUCAUCCGCGGCCAAGGCAUGCCCUCCUACCGCCACCACGACUUCGGUAACCUCUACGUCCAAUUCGACGUCAAGUUCCCCGAAUCGCUCCCCGGCCCCACCGGCAUGCCCCCCAUGUCCGACGCGGACCGCGCCGCCCUCGAGCGCAUCCUGCCACCGCGUGCCGCCGCCGAUAAGAAACCGCCCGCGGACGCGAUGACGGAGGAUUUCAGCCUGGAGGAGGUCGACCCGGCGGGUGAGCAGGCGCGAGCCCGUGGGAUGAUGAGUGAUGAUGAUGACGAUGAGAUGGGUGCGGGUGGAGAGAGGGUGCAGUGCGCGUCGCAGUAGACGAGGCUCCGUGUGGGUUAUGAGUGGGUGGAGGUAUGAAUGGGAUAUGAGGGUUGCAUCGGCGAUGGAGGAGACAAUGCGUUCGACGGAGUUGGAUGACUUCGUCGGGAUAUAAACGAGUGGUGGCCGGGAAAGCGGCGGUUCAUGUGGUGGAUCAAACUUUCCGAGUUGUCGAUCCUAGUCCUCACUCUCCAGACCUCUCUCCGCACACCGCCGAUAUCAAGGCACAGAUAUCUACUAUCACCGAUUCCCCGCUAGCUACCCACCCUCCGACCGCGUCCAUCCUCGGUUCUACUGUCCUCUAUCCCCCUCGCAUUGCUACCCUUGUGCGUUCUAUAGACCUUUGACUUCCGUACUUUGCCUAGCCUGAUCUCGUUUUUCUGGCGUUCCGACCGGUUUGGGAUGACGGACGGUGGGAUGUGUGCAUAUGACGAGGUUGCGCGGGCUGGGAUGGG